GUACGCUACGAGCAGUUUGGAAGGUUCAGUCGAGACAUUCUAUGCAGUUGGCGCCGAAUGGAAAAUGAUGGUCAUCUUGUGGCUCUCUGGAGGUGUUCCCGGUCUAGUUUGCUACAUUGCUCAUUGGAUGCAUGUUGGCAAAAUCGAGUUCUUCUGGGCAGAUACUGAGAGCAACUCAGCUAACAUCACCGUGUUGUCGAAGCUCUUAACACUAAUGGGAGGAGUUGGUUUGGGCGUCUCUGUUAGCUUCAUGAAGAAGGCCUUCGUAUUUUCCUCCCCGGCUGACAAAG